GAUCUUUUCCAACAGCCAUUUCGCAUUAUGUUUCCCGUGGAGCACCGCCGCUGUCAAAACACUUCGCCAUUUCAGGGUUAGGAGGGGGAAUUGGGUCAGCCGAGCGGAGGUGGCAGUUUCUUAUUUUCUGACGUCGGUGUGCUCGGUAAUUGGGUUCCGAUGCGAGUUAUCUGGCUGUGGCGGAUGAGUUUUUCCUUCGUGGGCCCGGGUUGAAGAGUGAAGUCGGCUUUCGGAUUUUCCUUCGUCCAGCUACUGAGCUAGCUGUGCGUGUAAACAACAAGGAUGAAACGGAUCAAAGGAGGAGAGGAGGCAAGCGGCGGUGAAAGUCCGCCAGAGGCCUGCAAAAAGCUCCGCACGGAGAUAAGCGAGGAGUCGGAGGCCAAGGCAGCGGGUGAGUCUCUGCUGUGUGACUGGUCGCUGCUGCCUCAGGAGAUCCUGCUGCACAUCUUCCAGUACCUUCCGCUGCUGGACCGGGCCUACGCCUCGCAGGUGUGCCGCGGUUGGAACGAAGCUUUCCACAUGCCCGAGCUGUGGAGGUGCUUUGAGUUCGAGCUCAAUCAGCCAGCUAGCUCGUACCUGAAAGCCACGCACCCGGACCUCAUCAAGCAGAUCAUCAAGAGGCACUCCAACCACCUCCAGUACGUCAGCUUUAAGGUGGACAGUAGCACAGAGUCUGCAGAGGCAGCAUGUGACAUUCUGUCGCAGCUGGUGAAUUGCUCCCUGAAGACCUUGGGGCUCAUCUCUACAGCUAGGCCCAGUUUCAUGGAGGUUCCCAAGUCUCACUUCAUCUCAGCGCUGACGGUGGUGUUCGUCAACUCCAAGUCGCUGUCCUCGCUGAAGAUCGACGACACGCCGGUGGAUGAUCCAUCGUUGAAGGUGUUGGUGGCCAACAACAGCGACACCCUAAAGCUGCUGAAGAUGAGCAGCUGCCCUCAUGUGUCCCCUGCAGGGAUCCUGUGCGUGGCGGACCAGUGUCACGGGCUGAGAGAGCUGGCGCUCAACUACCACCUCCUCAGCGACGAACUCCUGCUGGCGCUCUCUUCGGAGAAACACGUCCAUCUGGAGCACCUGCGCAUCGACGUGGUGAGCGAGAACCCGGGCCAGCACUUCCACACCAUCAAGAAGAGCAGCUGGGACGCCAUGGUGCGCCACUCGCCCAAAUUCAAUCUGGUCAUGUACUUCUUCCUCUACGAGGACGAGUUCGGCCCCUUCUUCAACGACGAGAUCCCCAUCACGCACCUCUACUUUGGUCGCUCCGUCAGCAAGGAGGUCCUGGGCCGCGUGGGCCUCCACUGCCCCCGCCUGGUGGAGCUGGUCGUGUGCGCCAACGGGCUGCGGCCGCUCGACGAGGAGCUGAUCCGCAUCGCCAAGCACUGCACGCAGCUGUCCGCCAUUGGCCUGGGGGAGUGCGAGGUGUCCUGCAGCGCGUUCGUGGAGUUUGUGAAAAUGUGCGGCAGGAGGCUGUCCCAGCUGUCCAUCAUGGAGGAGGUGCUGAUCCCGGACCACAAAUACUCCCUGGACGAGAUUCACUGGGAGGUGUCCAAACAUCUGGGCCGAGUCUGGUUCCCGGACAUGAUGCCGACUUGGUAGGGGGCUGUUUUGAGCUGAAAAGCCGCUCCGCUGUAGUGAACUGCUAGGUGCCAACUUGACGAGCAAAACUUCUCUGAGCGUCUGUUUGGAGUAAAAAAAAAAACGGGGAUGUCAUGUGAUUCUGUCUGAGAGCCUGAAAUCGACUCUGGAGUGAAACUCAGAGCAAGAGCAACAACAACAUGCCGAGUUAAAAGGACUAGGGCUGAAACGAUGAAUUGUGAUUAAUUGAUUACUGAAAUAAUUGUCCACUAAUAUAGUGAUCGAUUAACCGGAGUACACAGGUUCUAAAAAAGGCCAACAUAUUCAGAGCGGUUAAUUAAACCAAGUAUGUAAAAAAAUAUAUAUAUACAUUUUGCAUUUAAAAUAAAAACAUAUUUUUCUGUAGAUAUGCUUCAG